AUGAUGCGUUCCAUCAAAUGUGUGUUGGUGGGAGAUUCGGCAGUGGGGAAAACCUCUCUCUUAGUGCGCUUCACCUCAGAGACUUUCCCGGAGGCGUAUAAGCCCACAGUGUAUGAGAACACGGGCGUGGACGUCUUCAUGGAUGGCAUCCAGAUCAGCCUGGGCCUCUGGGAUACCGCUGGCAACGACGCCUUCAAAAGCAUCCGCCCGCUGUCCUACCAGCAGGCAGAUGUGGUUCUCAUGUGCUAUUCCGUGGCCAACCACAACUCUUUCUUGAACCUGAAGAACAAGUGGAUUGGGGAAGUCAGGAGCAACCUGCCGUGCACCCCCGUUCUGGUGGUGGCCACCCAGACUGACCAGCGGGAGAUGGGUCCCCACAGGGCUUCCUGCGUUAGUGCCAUAGAGGGGAAGAGACUGGCCCAGGAUGUGAGAGCAAAGGGCUACCUGGAGUGCUCGGCCCUUAGCAACCGUGGGGUCCAGCAGGUGUUUGAGUGUGCCGUCCGCACGGCCGUCAACCAAGCCAGGAGGCGCAGCAGGAGGAGGUUCUUCUCCAUCAACGAGUGCAAGAUCUUCUAACCCUCAAAAGACUUGACCCGCCACUCAUUUACUCAGCCCAGGGACCACUGGGGACAAGGAGGCCAAGUGAGCCAGCAGGGUUGAGUGGACAGAGCCGUCGUUUUGGAUGCAGUUGCUGAUGGGACUUGUCCCCUGGAAGUUCUUACUCCAUAUACCUCUGCCGGUGAAUUCCUCACUCGGUCCAGCUGGAAGAUCUUUGCGGGGGGGCUGUCAUGAGUAGUCCAUCUUUGUUUUAAAAACUCAAAUAGUUUCCGUAAUGUUGGACAGUGAAGUGAGUGACCCAAAGAAUUCCAUAUUUAAAGACAUGUUUUAUUUAAGCAGUAACAAAAUGUAUAGCCUUUGUACAUGAUUAGUUUUCACACUUACACUCUUCUUGCAUACUUACAAACACACAUUGCUGUCUGAGUGACAGAACCUUUUGUGCUCUGCCAUACAUGAGUCAUUUUCACCCAAAGUUGUCACCUGCUAGAUUUUACUAGAUAGUGAAGUUUUAAAAUGACCAUAAACUGAUCCUUGCAAUG